CUCUUUCGCCUCCUCACCUCGCUUCCGGUCCAAGUCCGUGUCGCAGCUCUACAAGGACGCCGUCAUGGAGGGCGGCAACCUCGUCGUGUACCACGGCGGCGACUUUGCCGGACAACAAGCCUUUGUCGCCGACGCCUUCCGCGCCGCGUUCCCAAAGGUCAACCUCACCAUGGUCGUCGACUACAGCAAGUACCACAACGCGCGCAUCGACAACCAGCUCGCGACCAACUCGCUCGUCGCGGACGUCGUCGCACUCCAGACGCUGCAGGACUACCCGCGUUGGACGAAGGAAAGCAAACUCCUCUCGUACAAGCCCAAGGGCUUCAGCAACGUCUACAAGGGCUUCACGGAUCCCGACGGCGCGUGGCUCUCGCACGGCGUCUACUCGUUCAGCUACUUUUACGACGAGGCGCUUUUGCAGGCCAAGGGUCUCGCGCCGCCAGCGACCGCCAAAGACCUCGCGGACCCCAAGUACGCGGGUCUUAUUGCGUCUUCGUACCCGCAUGACGACGACGCGGCUCUCUUUGUGUACGACCGCUACGUCAAGGCGUGCGGCUGGGACUGGGUCAAGAAGAUGGCGGCGCCGCAGAUUUACAUUCAGCGCGGCUCGCACAUGGCCGGCGUCACCGUCACGGCGCAGACCAAAGCGAUUGGUGUCGCGGGCGGCCCGUCGUACACCAAGACGACCAAGGCCAUUAUGGGACCCAACGCGACGUCCGACUACCUCGCGUGGGGCCAGCGCAUCGCGAUUCUGAAGUAG